AAGCCCGUCUGCAAAACGAGCGACUAAUGCCAGAAAUAAACGGUACACAUCGGUUUUCAUAGGAUCAGGUGGUAUUUUGCCCUCAGAACCGUCUCAGUGGUUUUAAAGUCCUACUUUCUUCACGAACUCCGUCUGGAAUCGAAACCUCUUUCAGGCGAUUUUUCCCGCCUUUGACGGAUUACCUGUUCGAAAGAAGGUAACAUCGUCUGAUGGAGGCUCGAACCUUCGCCGGGUUCAACACCCGACCGUCCCCAUGGGGUUACAACUGGACUACGGAGAACGUCUCGUCCACGACCUACCAAAACUCUCCGCCAGGGAAAGAAAACGGAGUCAGAGACUCGCCAGUUUCAACAACUUCCACAUCUUCUCCCGAACCCCAGAUGAUGGCCCAGCAGUACGCCAACAUGCCGGCUGCUCUGCUGGCCUCCUUGAAGAGGGACAAGAAGCCCUUCACCUAUACCCCCGGCGGCGUGAAUCUGAACGAGGUCCUCAACGCCCGCCUCCAGAAGAGGCUGGAGAGGAAGAAGAGGUACUCCGAGGAACGAAUGGCCGAGAUGACCAACGACGGACUGCCGAAAUUCGAAUCGCCCAAGCAGGUGAUUGUGAUGCCCACUUACAACACCCCGCUCGACAUGUAUUCAAUGGAGAACGCGCUCGAGGCCCUCGAAUGCCAGGCCGAGCUCGUGGCGAACGAUAAGAGUCUUUGCAGGUCCGCCACUCUGCCUCGAAAUCACAAAUUCGACGACAAAGACUACGAACCGAACAGAGGCGUCGCCCAGUCGAAAGCUUUCAAAGUGCUGCAGAUCAUUACUGACACCGAUGAAGACAAUUCGCCUAAAGGCAAACACAACAACUUUCACGAAGACGUGAGGUUCACCGGGAUUCGAGACAGUAAAACUAUUCCAUCCAAAUUCUUCCAGACGCUGCAAAAAAUCACUGGAACUGCAGAAGACGACGAAGAAGAAAAUGUUCCACAGAAUGUAACUCGUGUUGAACCACCGAAGCCUACGACCUAUGAGAAAUCCCACACAAGACCAGGAUUUCUUCCUCAACAGCAGCCAGGGGGCCAGUCACCUCCUCAGAGGCAGUUUGUUCAGAAUCAUCAGGUCUCCCAGUUCCAACCCAUGAACAGCUACCAUCCGGUUCACCCCCAGGAACAGACAAACAGCGCCUUCUUGAAGAGACCGGCGGCCUUCUUGCCCAUGAAGACUGGAUCGGAUCCUUUGAGCCGAGUCAAGCCCGUCCACCCCACAUUCCUGGCCAACGGACCGAGGAAGAUAUCGAACCAGGGUGGAACAGAUUUUUAGGCAACAGAGUGAGAUUCAGACGCUUCGAAGUGGUGAACUAGUCAUUUGAGGAAAUCAUAACAAACAUUUCCAGUGUAUAAAACAGUGCAAACGAUGUCACCAAGAGGCUGAAAAGGCUCUGAACAUUUAAUGAAGUUUUGUAUAACGUCUUAGAAAAUAAAAUAUAGUGAAUGAA